AUGGAGUCUGUGGGAGAACUGUGCAGUCCCACUGGGGCCAGCUCCAACAUACUGAGCUUGCCGGGAUCCUGCCCCUGGGAUGAGGACGAGGAGUCCCUGGAUCUGGAAGGAAUCAAGCCCAAAUCUUCACCCAUACCAAGACGACGGAGUUCAGCGUCCUCUGAUGACUCCUUGCUUCCCCCUUCUAGCAGCAGAAGAGUGUCCUUUGCUGAUGCCUUCGACAUCAACCAUGGAUUAGAGAUCUGUGAGGAAACUGCUACAUCUUGGCAAGAAUCAUCUCAAAAGACUGAUAUUGAACUCAGUGGAAGUAUGCAAGCUAUGGAGAAUGAUUGGAACCUCAUUGACUUUAUUGAUAAAGAAGAGAAUGUGUGCUGUGAAAGUGUGAAACGGGAAUGGGAAACUAUUGAUGAUGUAAACAGUAUGCUGGAAAACAUGGAACGCCUGGCAAAAGACUCAGUGAACAGAGAUCUUGAAAACGUUGAAGACAAUACCUCAACAGAAUCGCAGAUAGAUGAUGAGAUGGAGCUGUACCUGAACAGUCUGAGGAAUUCACAACAGUCAGUAUUCAGAGAAGGCGCAAUGAGUGGAAGCUAUGGCAAAAGACCCUCCUUGAGCAGAGGAAGGCCAUUAGCUAUGCCUUCAAUCUCUGAGUCUAUGGACGAGGACCAGCCGAGUAGUUCCCUAGAGGAUUUAACAAAUAUUGAGUACAACAUGAAGCUGGAGAGAGCUACACUGCCCCUAGUUGAUGGGAAUGAACGUGUCAUUGGACGUAAUGUCUUGUGGUGGAAAGAGUUUCUGUCCUAUGACAAUAUGUCAAGGGUGACUAGAUACACAUUUUUGUUGAUAGUGUUUUUGGUCAUAGCAUAUUAUUAUGACUUCAUUGCAUGUUUUGCCCUAUAUAUUCUUACAGUGUAUUGGCUGUUUUAUCAAGGUGAGGAAGAACCACUGAAAAGCUCUCAGAAAGGUGAAAGAGGACUGUAGUAAAUAUGAUUUACUCAUCAACAUUUGUUGGAGAACUUAGAAAUGUGAAUCUAAAUGUUUUGUACACAUACAAUUGUUGUACAACAUUGGAUUAUGUGGGGCUAUUUAUCUCACAAAAUUUCAUAAAGGCAAAGACAUGUUUAUAAGAAGACUUUUACA